GGGAAACAGGCCCGUUGCCCUGGCCUCUUUGCCCUAGGCCAGCCUUUGUGAAGUGGGCCCCUCUUCUGGGCCCCUUGAGUAGGUUCCAUGGCAUUUUCUGAACUCCUGGACCUCGUGGGUGGCCUGGGCAGGUUCCAGGUUCUCCAGACGAUGGCUCUGAUGGUCUCCAUCACGUGGCUGUGUACCCAGAGCAUGCUGGAGAACUUCUCGGCCGCCGUGCCUAGCCACCGCUGCUGGGCACCCCUCCUGGACAACAGCACGGCUCAGGCCGGCAUCCUAGGGAGCUUGAGUCCUGAGUCCCUUCUGGCUAUUUCCAUCCCGCCGGGCCCCAACCAGAGGCCCCACCAGUGCCGCCGCUUCCGCCAGCCACAGUGGCAGCUCUUGGACCCCAAUGCCACGGCCACCAGCUGGAGCGAGGCUGACACGGAGCCGUGUGUGGAUGGCUGGGUCUAUGACCGCAGCAUCUUCACCUCCACAAUCGUGGCCAAGUGGAACCUCGUGUGUGACUCUCAUGCUCUGAAGCCCAUGGCCCAGUCCAUCUACCUGGCUGGGAUUCUGGUGGGAGCUGCUGCGUGCGGCCCUGCCUCAGACAGGUUUGGGCGCAGGCUGGUGCUAACCUGGAGCUACCUUCAGAUGGCUGUGAUGGGUACGGCAGCUGCCUUCGCCCCUGCCUUCCCCGUGUACUGCCUGUUCCGCUUCCUGUUGGCCUUUGCCGUGGCAGGCGUCAUGAUGAACACGGGCACUCUCCGUAGGUCUCUGACCUGGCGCCAUGCAGGGGGGCUCCAUGCAGGCUCCAGGGCUGAACCACUCGGUCUCCUUGCAGUGAUGGAGUGGACGGCGGCACGGGCCCGACCCUUGGUGAUGACCUUGAACUCUCUGGGCUUCAGCUUCGGCCAUGGCCUGACGGCCGCAGUGGCCUACGGUGUGCGGGACUGGACACUGCUGCAGCUGGUGGUCUCGGUCCCCUUCUUCCUCUGCUUUUUGUACUCCUGGUGGCUGGCAGAGUCGGCACGAUGGCUCCUCACCACGGGCAGGCUGGAUUGGGGCCUGCGGGAGCUGUGGAGGGUGGCUGCCAUCAACGGAAAGGGGGCGGUGCAGGACACCCUGACCCCUGAGGUUCGCCUUUGGCUUCACCUUCUUCGGCCUGGCCCUGGACCUGCAGGCCCUGGGCAGCAACAUCUUCCUGCUCCAAAUGUUCAUUGGUGUCGUGGACAUCCCAGCCAAGAUGGGCGCCCUGCUGCUGCUGAGCCGCCUGGGCCGCCGCCCCACGCUGGCCGCAUCCCUGUUGCUGGCGGGGCUCUGCAUUCUGGCCAACACGCUGGUGCCCCACGAAAUGGGGGCUCUGCGCUCAGCCCUGGCCGUGCUGGGGCUGGGCGGGGUGGGGGCUGCCUUCACCUGCAUCACCAUCUACAGCAGCGAGCUCUUCCCCACUGUGCUCAGGAUGACGGCAGUGGGCUUGGGCCAGAUGGCAGCCCGUGGAGGAGCCAUCCUGGGGCCUCUGGUCCGGCUGCUGGGUGUCCAUGGCCCCUGGCUGCCCUUGCUGGUGUAUGGGACGGUGCCAGUGCUGAGUGGCCUGGCCGCACUGCUUCUGCCCGAGACCCAGAGCUUGCCGCUGCCCGACACCAUCCAAGAUGUGCAGAACCAGGCAGUAAAGAAGGCGACACAUGGCACGCUGGGGAACUCUGUCCUAAAAUCCACACAGUUUUAGCCUCCUGGGGAACCUGCGAUGGGAUGGUCAGAGGAAGAGACUUCUGUUCUCUGGAGAAGGCAGGAGGAAAGCAAAGACCUCCAUUUCCAGAGGCCCAGAGGCUGCCCUCUGAGGUCCCCACUCUCCCCCAGGGCUGCCCCUCCAGGUGAGCCCUGCCUCUCUCACAGUCCAAGGGGCCCCCUUCAAUACUGAAGGGGAAAAGGACAGUUUGAUUGGCAGGAGGCGACCCAGUGCACCAUCACCCUGCCCU